AUUGUAAUAGAGAUAUUGCUUGUAAUGGUGCCAAAGUUAAAGGAAUUUGUAAUGGUGCCAAUAGCAAAGUAGCUUGUAAUAGUGCUGAUAUUGAUGUAACUUGUAAUAAUGCUAAAGACAAAGAUAUUUGUAAUAGUAUUGAAGAUAGAGUAGCAUGUAAUAGUAUUAAAGAUGAAUACUGA